UAUGGCACAAGGCGAAGAAGUAGAAGUUGAGGAAGAGGACUUAGGACCAAUUUCUAUCAGUAAGCUAGAGAGUCAUGGUAUAUCCACGUCUGACAUUAAGAAACUGACCGAUGCAGGCUACCAUACUGUCGAAUCCGUUGCUUACUGUCCGAAAAAGACGCUUUGUAUGGUGAAAGGAAUAAGCGAGACCAAAGCAGAAAAAAUCUUAUUAGAGAGCAGUAAACUUGUGCCUAUGGGCUUUACUACGGCCACUGAGUUCCAUCAGCGGCGUUCAGAGCUCAUUCAAAUAAGUACUGGUUCCAAGGAACUCGAUAGUUUGUUAAAAGGUGGGAUUGAAACAGGUUCCAUCACUGAAGUAUUUGGAGAAUUUCGGACGGGAAAGACUCAACUUUGUCACACUUUGGCUGUUACCUGCCAGCUGCCCAUUGAUAACGGAGGUGGUGAAGGGAAAUGUAUCUAUAUCGACACAGAAGGCACUUUUCGUCCUGAGCGUUUGCUUGCCGUGGCUGAAAGAUACAAAUUAUCUGGGCAGGACGUUCUAGACAACGUCGCCUACGCUAGGGCUUAUAAUACUGACCACCAAAUGGCGUUACUCCUAUCCGCGUCAGCCAUGAUGGCAGAGUCGAGGUACGCACUAUUAAUAAUUGACAGCGCCACGGCCCUGUACAGAACAGAUUACUCUGGCCGCGGAGAGCUCUCUGCACGACAAAUGCAUAUGGCUCGUUUUCUUCGUUUUCUUCUGAGACUAGCAGACGAGUUUGGCGUCGCUGUAGUUAUAACCAAUCAAGUUGUUGCGCAAGUUGACGGUAAUCCCUUUUCUUUGGAUCCCAAAAAGCCAGUGGGCGGAAACAUAAUGGCCCAUUCUUCCACGACGCGGCUGUACCUCCGAAAAGGGAAAGGCGAAAACAGAAUUUGCAAGAUAUACGACUCGCCUUGCCUACCAGAAGCUGAAGCCAUCUUUUCUAUCGGCGCGGAGGGGAUUGCCGAUUCGAAAGAUUGACCAUAGAUUAGUUAUAAAAAAAUCCCUUAAAAUUUUCGAGAGUUAGUAAAGUUUAUUUGUUGAGUAAACCCGUUUAUUCCACUUUUCAGUAAAAAAGUAUUCAUUUCUUA